AUGGCUCAGGGAAGCGGCAGUGCGACGCGGGGGCUUGCCCUCGGCGGCCUGCUCGCCGCUUGCCUCCUCCUCGGCGUCGCCGACGCGGCCACCCACAGGGUCGACUGGUCCUUCAACGCGGACAACUGGUCCAAGGGCAAGAGCUUCCGCGCCGGGGACGUCCUCGAGUUCAACUACGACCGCUCCGUGCACAACGUGGUGGCCGUGGACGCCGGCGGCUACUACGGCUGCCGGUCCUCCGGCACGUCGUACAACUCGGGUAGCGACCGCAUCACGCUUGGCCCCGGCACCAGCUACUUCAUCUGCAGCCUCAACGGGCACUGCGGGAUGGGGAUGAAGAUGAUCGUCAACGCUAGCUGA